AGUUUAUAGCAAUACCUCUUGCGAGUGUUGUCAAUCAUGCCACCCAAGACUUCCGGAAAGGCUGCCAAGAAGGCCGGUAAGGCCCAAAAGUCUAUCACCAAGGGUGAUAAGAAGAAGAAGCGCAGGAGGAAGGAGAGCUACAGCAUCUACAUCUACAAGGUGUUGAAGCAGGUCCACCCUGACACCGGUAUCUCCUCCAAGGCCAUGUCCAUCAUGAAUUCUUUCGUGAAUGACAUUUUUGAGCGCAUUGCCGCUGAGGCUUCCCGCCUUGCCCACUACAACAAGCGUUCCACCAUCACCAGCCGGGAGAUUCAGACCGCCGUCAGGCUUCUGCUCCCCGGUGAACUGGCCAAGCACGCUGUCAGCGAGGGCACCAAGGCCGUCACCAAGUACACUUCCUCUAAGUAAAUUGCUUGGUUGCUCGGUUUUUCCGGUCUCCUACAACAACAUCGGCUCCUUUAGGAGCCACA